CUCUUCCAAAGCUCUAAAUUGUGAUCCAGAGACUCACACCUCAGGCAAAUUCACUGUGGAUUGCCUUGCAGAUGCUUAUGAGAACAGCAGUUCUUCUUUGCUUGAAUUAAAUACCAGUAAUACUGAAAACCUUCAGUCUACUCAUCACAGUAAGCCUCAAUUCACAGCUUCAGAAACAGACACAUGUAUUAGCACACUUAAUCAAACCAAGCAGACGGACUGCUUCCGAUUCCCUUUGAAGAGUCAUGGAUCAUCUUCCAAAACCAGUCAUUUGGCCAGAAUCUGUAGACCUGAAUCAGAAACAACCACAUCAAAUUAUAUUCACACACCCAGGCAACUCAACCAGAGUGACCAGCUCCCUUUGAAGGGCAGAACCUGUAGACGUGUGAUCAAAGGGGCAGGUAGUUUUUCUGACAGAAAGUCCACAUGUCUUAUAUCUACUCAGGCACGAAAGAAAGACUUAUCCUCUCAGGAAACAGGGAGAAGAUGGUCCCAGAAGAAAGACUUUUCCAAGCCAUCACAAAAGAACCACCAUGGUUCAGAUACAGAUUCCUCCAAAUCUAUCUCAAGUCGAACAAGCUCUCUAGAGGAAGACACACACUUGAAAAAACACAAGCGUUUAGAGGUACAGAUAAAGUGUAGUAAAUCUUGUAGCACACAAUCUACUAACACACACACAUCCAGGGACACAAGGGAUGAUGCAGUGAUUCAGACCACCUGCCCAGGAGACCUGUACAGUCAUCCCAACCUACAAGCACAUAGAGCCAUUCCAGAACUUUCCAUGGCUGACCGGAUGCCCCAAACUGGAGCUGACAAAGCAUAUGAACAGUCCUUAAGAGACGAAUACAGUCUGACAGUUGAACAAGUGAAUUUUGCUAAGUUACAUCAGCAGGAUGAUUCCCUACCGAGGAAGCCAUCUGUUUCUGAGGCGAGGAAGAGCGAGCAAGAGAUAAUCCCACUUCCUGCUAUAUAUGCAUUUUCACACAUGUCAGAAAUCGUGCCCCCAGAAGUGAAGCCCAAACCUGCCGUCCCUGCCAAGCCAUCUCAUGUGGUACUACCUGCUACCACCCCUCCUGGGCCCCUCCAGGGGUCAGGGGCUGGAGGUCAGGGGUCAGGUGGAGGCUCAACAUUGCUGGGAUAUGUUGGGAUAGACACCAUUAUUGAACAGAUGAGGAAGAAGACCAUGAAGACUGGCUUUGAUUUCAACAUCAUGGUUGUAGGUCAAAGUGGCUUGGGAAAAUCUACCAUGGUGAAUACUCUAUUUAAGUCUCAGGUGAGCAGGCGGAGCUCUGGCUGGAGUCGUGAUGAGAAGAUCCCCAAGACUGUGGAGAUUAAAUCUGUGUCACACGUGAUAGAGGAAGGUGGUGUGAAGAUGAAACUGACAGUGAUUGAUACUCCUGGAUUUGGGGACCAGAUCAACAAUGAAAACUGCUGGGAGCCAAUAUCUAAAUAUAUCAAUGAGCAGUAUGAGAAGUUUUUGAAGGAAGAAGUUAACAUUGCCCGUAAAAAACGGAUUCCGGACACCCGAGUACACUGCUGCUUGUACUUCAUAUCUCCAACUGGACACUCACUGCGACAGCUGGACAUUGAGUUCAUGAAGCAUUUAAGUCGAACUGUAAACAUCAUUCCUGUCAUUGCCAAAGCGGAUACUCUGACUCCUGAGGAAAAAAUAGAGUUCAAGCAAAGGGUGAGGAAGGAGCUGGAAGUGUGUGGAAUCGAAUUUUAUCCACAAAAGGAGUUUGAUGAAGACCAGGAGGACAAGGCUGAAAACGAUAAGAUCAGGGAGGCCAUGCCUUUUGCAGUAGUAGGAAGUGACAAAGAGUACCAAGUCAACUGCAAACGGGUUCUGGGUCGGAAGACUGCCUGGGGAAUAGUAGAAGUUGAAAACCCGAAUCACUGUGAAUUCUCGCAACUCCGGGAUUUCCUGAUCAGGUCUCACCUCCAAGACCUGAAGGAGGUCACUCAUAACAUCCAUUAUGAGACGUACCGGGCCAAAAGGCUCAACGACAACGGAGGCCUCCAUCCCAUUUCAACCAGCAACAGCACACAGGAAAGCAACCUGUAAGCGGGAAACACUGAGCGAGAGAGAACGAUUGACGAGAGAUAAUGAAAGAUGAUAAGGGAUAAUAUUUUUGUGGAUAAAUACAUUAGCACGUGCCCUUGUGGAGUUCAUCUUAAAGCUUUAUAACCAUCUGAGCAUGUUCGUCAUUGCCUCUCUUUUUUGCAAAGCGUCCUUUUUUAAAAAGCAAAUAACGACAGCACAUCAAGCUAAGACGGGGACAGCCUCUAGAUACUACAGUAGAUAUAAGUUCAAAUAUGGAUGGAUGACAGCACUGCCAUUCACCUGCACACAAUACGUAGGAGUUUUAGAAAUCUUUUAGUGAAGUCUACUUUGUGUGAUCACUUUCUCUAAUAGCCUUUAGGUAAAGAACCUGCCAAAACAAUUCAGGACUCGUUUUUGCACGCCUUGAUGGUGAUAUACUGAUGCACACAUCAGUGUACUUUUACCAUUUAACUCUUUCUAACUGCACUGCAGCAUUUACCACUGGCUGCAUGUCUUACCCUGAUUACCAGUGAUCCUUUCGGACACCAAUUCAGGACUUUCUCAUUAUCCAGACAAGCACACCAAGUACCGAUUCCUCUCAACCCAAGGUUUCUGAAUGUUUACUCCCAUACAUUUUGUAAGCUUGUUUCUAGACUGUGUGUGCACAAGUGUGUGUGUGUGUGUGUGAUAGAGAGAAUGUGCCUUUAUAUCUUUUAGGUUCAUCUUUCCAGUGUUCGAACAACUCAAAUACAUUAAUAAUAUUCAACUUUAAUUUUUAUUUUGUUUUUUUAAGAAUAUUUUAUCUGUGCCAUUGUUUGUAUCAGUGUGCCUGUAUAUCGCUGGAACAACAGUAUUGCUUAAUGUCUAAAAGUUCACUUUGGUGUUAACCACUUGAUAUUUUAGUCAAAGCACAGGUCAAGUCACGAUCCAUUUAGGGGAGAGAAAUUGAACCGUAUCACUCAGAUCAUCUCCAAUCUUUUGGAUGAAUACACAUUUUUAUUUAAGUUUGUUUUUUUCUCUCAUUAAUGCUUUCGGUGGAAUAUUAAAUUACAAGGAUGGUAUUCUUGCUGAGUGUUUUUAAGUGUUAUUUAUUACAUAAUUUAAUAAACAUGUUUUUUUCCAUCA